AUGUUUCUGGUUUUUAACCAAUUCAAAACUCUCUGGCUGCUACUUCUUAUAACCUUCACACAAUGUGAAGGAAGUACUUAUGGAACCUUCUUUCCUUCGGUUCCUAAGGAAAUCAAUCAAACAACAUUUCCAGUCGCCAUCAAGUCAAACUCGUCAUCGGAUGUAAUUUUAUUGAAACUUCCGGGUUUUGACUACAAACAUGGACAUCAAGAAGAUGCAUUUGCUGUAAACUCGAAUAUAGCUAGACUUCCAUCAAUAUUUUAUAAUGAAAACAGUACAUUUUCUUGGAUACUUCAGGUAUAUAGCUUGUCUCAACCUCAUUUAAUUGAUUGUGGAACUAUUACAAAUACGCACAGUAACGGAACGCUUCAGAAAUUAAGAUGGAAGUUCAAUUUCAAUUGGCAGCUUGCACCAAAUCCUUAUAUGGCAGCAAAAAAAGUUCAUAUAUCAAAACAACUUCCAAUUACCAAUAAAUGUGGAAAUGAUCAAAAAAAAAUUUUAAAAUUUACAAGAGACAAGGAAGGCAAAUUAUUUAAACUCAUAUUAGUUAAUGGAGCGUUGAAGACGUCGGACGAGUUGCCACAUGUGAACAAACUCUACUAUUUGUUUACAAUACCUAAAGAUACUUAUAAAAAGGAGAUUGCAGAGCCUUGCAUGAUCUUUAGAGCUGUCAAUGACAUACCAGAAAUAAUAGUACAAGGUUACAAUUCUACCCAAAAAUCGCUCAACGGUAUAGACAUUGAUGUCAUUAAAUUCGACUAUUUGGAAACGUCUCUUGAAAUUCAACUUCUUUUACAAAAUCAACCAAAUUUAAAAGAUUUUUAUAAAAACGAAGAAAUUUUAAUAACCAAAGUUAUAUUCACAAAGGAUGGAGCUAAGGAAGUACCAAACUCUAACGAGACUACCAAGGGAAAAUUCUCAUUAAAUGGAUAUGAGCUUUUAAAAUUUUCUUAUAAUUGCCCAUCGACUGAAGACGACCACAAGAUAACGAAGAUCUUCUAUUUCGCACCACCACAAGAAAACUUUAAAUUUCCAUUGGAGUAUAUUCUCUACGCAUCAAAUGAGACGGUGUUGAUUACAUUAAUAAAAAGAUAG